UAUGAGGCUGGAUUAAAAAUAUAUAUAUUAUUAUUAUUAUUAUUAUUAUUAUUAUUGAAAAGGAAAAAAAAAUGAGCAUCAAUAAUUCCCCAAACGCCUUCCUUACCUGUGCUGUGGCGAUCCUGAAACGGGGCACCUUCAGCUGGCCAGCAUACCCACAGCAAGACCGCCUUGAGCAGCAGCGGAACACAUCCGUGGCAGCUCUUCAUCCUCCUGGCUUGGCUUCGAAACAAGCCGCUAGAUGGUUGCAAGUGUCGUCGUCAACAACAACUGACGCUCAGGGGAAAGAGAGCAAACAUGGCAUUUCCAGGGACGCUGAGAGACGAGGACAUCGAGGCUGCGGUGCAGUCGUGCCAAGCCCCGGGCACGUUCAACCACAAAACUUUCUUUGCACAAGUGGGACUGGUCGACUCGUCGGAAGCAAACCGGAAAACUGUGUUCGCAGUUCUGGACCAGGACAGGAGCGGAUUCAUUGAGGAGGAGGAGCUAAAAUUAUUCCUUCAGAAUUUCUCUCCCGACGCGAGGGAGCUGACAGCGGCUGAAACCAAGACCCUGAUGGCUGCGGGAGACCGAGACGGCGACGGCAAGAUUGGGAUGAAAGAGUUCUGCGAUCUCCUGAAAUCAAGAGAAUAGCUUGAAUGGCCAUGACUGUCUUUCCCUGUGUUAAAUAAUAGCAGGAUGGAUAUUCCUAACUUACCAGAUCGUUUCAUGCACAGACCAGAACCCUCAGAUGUUCAAAACCUGCUUGCCUACCUGCUGCUCUCCUUCUUGGUCUGAUAUCAAAUGUCCGCUACGGAAGACGUUGAAUUCUGGAAGCCGUGUGUGUUCAAUCGUUUUACCUGGAACU